CAUCGGAUCACCACCAGGUCAAUCGCGUUUCCCCAAUUGCAUCGACUCUGCCAUGAAUCCACUAUAAUUUUCGAAGGAGGGACACAAUAAAAUCAGCAUGAAGUCCCGCUACUCAAUUGAGCUGCUGGCCCGGUCAGCAUCGACUCUCUCCCGCCCGCUCGCCGGCCAGACGUCGUCAAGCUCCUCGCUCUGGCAGAAACAGACAUCGUGGACAACGCAACGAUGCCUCAACACCUCAGCACCCCUCCGGGCAGCCCAGCCACCACCCCACAAGGCCAACGAAGCCGCACAGCAGGCCAUCAGUAAAAAGACACCGAACCCAACACCCGCCCGCUCCUCCAGCGACGCCCAAACCAGCGCUGCCAUCGACGGCCUCUUCAGCUCCGUCGGCAUGGCACCUCGACGCCAACAACAGCAACGAACGGGCAGCAAGCCAGACUCCGCCGACGCUGUCUCAAACGCCUAUGUCAGCCACACAUUCGGCUCCCGCUUCUCGAAGCCGACGCCGAACCUAAGGCCCAAGGGCCUCAUGUGGGAAAACAUGACCAUGCCGGAAGACGGCGCCAUGACGGGCUCUCUACCCAAGGCCCCGGCCCUCCGCGAGGAAGACAUGAUAUAUCCGCGCCUGAACCCCACUACCGGAAGGACGGUCGACUUGGAUCCGUCGAAGGGUCGGGAUAUCGUGAGGGGUAUUGGCAUGCUGGGCAGCCUUAUGGCGAGGAACAAGGUGAAGAGCGAUUUCAACAGGCAGAAGUUCCACGAGCGGCCGGGUCUCAGGAGGAAGAGGCUCAAGACGGACCGGUGGAGGUAUAGGUUCAAGCAGGGGUUCGAGGGCAUGUGCGGGAGAGUUACGGAACUUACGAAGAAGGGGUGGUAGUGGUGGUGGACUUUUUGCUUGACAUGAAGAAUAUUUAUAUACGUUGGCCUCGCGUUCCAUAUUGUAAAAUUUAGAGUAAAAUACAUGUAUAACACGCCUGGAGAACUUGGGAUUUGAAGCUGUGAGGAAAGGCUGUCAAUGUAUGUUCAUCAUAUAUCUAUCCCCAAUCAUUGCGAACGGAACGAUUUUUCUACCUCGACGCCUGACUGUAACCCCUAUGGUACGGUAUAAUUCCAAGUAU